ACUCUGAUUCUGAUUGGUAUUAUUCGGCGAUUGUUGUUUUACAGAUACAUACGCAUAGAUAUUUGAUUAUUACGUACCGCAUCGAAAAUUUCAGAUCAAGAAAAAUAUUGACCAUGUGUCUGUUGAGUUCAUUCCAAAUUCUGUUAAGUUUAAUUAUUAUUUCUCUUCUUGCCAUAUAUUCACUUGGAAGAAACAGAAGGAAACAACAGAAAAAUGAUUCGACUUCGAACAAAUAUGGAGAGAAUUCGUUCGUAUCUGGAAAUAAAAAUCUACGAGAAAAUAAAAGAAAUGUUCAGGAUAUGAAAAUGGAAAAACUUUCAUCUAUAUCCACUUUACCAUUUUUGUGGAAUAAAUUACUUCUUUCACGUGACAGAGAAUACUACAAAUCGACUUUAGGCAUACUUACUUCGAAUGUACUACUUGGACUCUCUACAUUAUUUCCAAAAGAGAAAGUUGUAUACAUGAACAUAUUUGGAUAUAAAGUGUUUAUUUUCAUACACCCGGAAUCUGCAAAGGAAGUUCUAAAAAGCAACAGUUUUAUCAAUAAGGAUGCUACUUACGAUUUCUUUAUUCCAGUGUUUGGAAAAAAUACUAUUUUCUACAGUCCUGAUGAUAAUUGGAGAAAAAGGAGAAGAUAUUUAGCUCCAUUUUUUCACCUUUGGAAUCUGAAAAAUCAUCAAAAUGUGCUCAUGGAGCAUUCAAAUUUCUUAGUCGAAAAAUUAAAAAAUCUGCAGCAAGGUGAAAUUUUUAAUGCCCUGAAAUGGAUGAAAUAUUGCACGCUGGACAUAGCUGCAGAUAUACUAUUAGGAAUUUCUCUAAUGUCUCAAUCUGAAAAUUAUGAAGAAUACAUCACCGCAUUGGACAGAUAUAUGCGAUAUUAUCCUGUAUGGCUAUUGAAUCCAUUGCAUUGGUUCCCUCCAAUUUUCGCCAGGACUAAAACGGGAAGGAAUUUCAAAAGACACAUUGAAAUAAUUCAUCAGUUUGGUGAAAAGGUGUUCAAGAAAAUAAAAGAAAAUUACGUGAAAAGACAGCUACUACACUUGGAAGAUAAUGCACAUAGUGUAAAAGAGCCGAACAUAAAACCGAAGCCGCUCAUAGAUUUACUGUUAGAUCUUCAUGUCAAUCAAGGUUUAUUAUCGGAAAAAGACAUUAUCAAAGAGAUGGUAUUCUUUAUGUUUGCAGCUUUCGAUACAACCGCCCAUGUUAUGUCAUGGAGUCUUUAUUUCCUGGGAAGAUUCCACGAAAUACAGGACAAAGUGUAUCUGGAAUUACAGAGCAUUUUCGAAAAUGACAUGAAUAGAAAUAUUACAGUUGAUGAUUUGCUAAAAAUGACUUAUUUAGAAUGCGUUAUAAAGGAGUCGAUGAGAAUCUGUCCUCCUGUUCCUGUCAUUGCAAGAAAAAAUCCGUAUGAAAUAAAAAUAGAUGAUUAUAUUUUACCACCAAAAUCUUUUAUCUCAAUUUGUAUCCAUGCCAUUCACCACAAUCAUUCUGUUUAUGAAAAUCCAGAAUUGUUCGAUCCAGAUCGUUUCCUGCCCGAAAACUUUAAAAAACUUCAUCCUUAUGGUUUUCUGCCAUUUUCCGCUGGUCCACGAAAUUGUCUCGGAGGUAAGCUUGCGAUGGUUGAAAUGAAAACCAUAUUAGCUAAUGUUCUUCGGAAUUUUAAAGUUUACUCUUUGGAUCCUCAAGACAAAAUCGUUACUUCUGCUGAAGUCAUUUUUCGCCCGAUAUCGGGAAUAAGAAUGCGGGUAGAAAAAAGGUAAACUACUCUUAUAUUGUCCUUUCUGAAGAAAUGUUUAUUACAAGUUUACAUAAAGAUUGCUUAUAAUCUAGACUAGUAAGUUUGUAAACUACAUUAAAAUGUGCUGUUUACGUCUAUUAGACAAGUAAAAUAUGUUAUAUAAUGAUUGGUAUCUGGACAACUGUAUCAAAGUCGUUGUACUUAUUAUAAAUAAUCAUUCAUAAAUUGUAAUUCAUGAUAAAAUAUGUAACAAUAAAAUA